AUGGAGAACAACUCGACACCGGAGGAGGUCAAGUCCGAGCCGAGUGGUAGGCAACAGCCGAGUGGGGCUGAUGAUGGCCGGUGGUGGUCCCGGUUCAAAGCACUUGGUCACGGCCUGCUGGAAGCGGUGGGUCUUCGCAAAAAGAAUAAGAAUCCAUUGGGCGAACAUUCGGAAUCCUGCCACCUCGGAGGUGAACCUGACCAUCUCGCCACGCAGUACAAACAUUAUUUGCUAGAGAAAUUGGGACUGACAAGUAAAGAUGUCGAAGAGGAGCCAUCGCCACCAGCAGAAGCUCAGGAACGACUCGAGUUUAUCGAGUGAAGUCACUGCAAACCAAAGAGAGCCGAAUCCUUUGCUACCAAAACUUGCCGUGUUGUAUUUUGUUUCAAUUGAAAACAGAAUUCUCGCAGCAAUACAUUAAAGGUCGAGGAAACGUGAAAAUACCCUUGCAUUAAUCAAACAAAAUUCCCAAUUGCCCAAAACAACCACCAAAAUGUUUCGUGAAUCGACGUUUUUCUUAAUAACGCAGCAGCGCCCAGUAUUGAAUAGUUGUUCUAAAAUAAGAAGAGAAGGCGUGAACGCGCUUAUUAAAAUCCUUCCGCGUUCGGCCGCAUUUGCGUCCGGUUACGACACGGUCCGAGAGCCUCUUGUGCAGCGCGAGUUGCGCCGCGUAUUUUAUUCAAAAUCGUAAAAGAAUCAAAAGAAGAAGAAGAAGAAGAAGAAGAAGAAGAAGAAGUGGGGUCAUUUCG